AUGCGAGUUGGGAAUGAGAUGGAGGCGAGCUCACGCGAGAUGGGAAGGUUUCAGAUGCCAGCUGUGCGAGAUGGGCUACGAGAUGGUGGAGCGAGCUGCAAGCUUGCGGAAGAGAUUUAUGCGGCAUCGGAAUUUUCAAUUCCUUUGUCGUUUCCGAAUUUAUCCACGGGUAGUAGCCUACCUUUUUUGCAAAGUGUUCUUGACGCGGUUGAAGAUGACACGACAAGCUCAACCGAACCCGUGAAUACAUCGAGCGGUUUUUGGGAACGAGCUCACGAAACGCUUAUGCUUGACCACUUUGUUGAAAACCCAAAGUUUGGCCCCGUUUGGUUUCGUGAAAGAUUUCGAAUGAGUCAAAGGUUGUUUUUAAAGAUUGUUAGUGAUAUUGAGCAACGUUUUGUUUACUUUCAAGAGCGUGUAGAUCGGUCAGGGAGCAAGAGUUUAGCUGCCAUACAAAAAUGCACAUCGGCGAUGGAAAAACUCAGAACUGGCAACCCUCUGGAUAACUUUGAUGACUACUUGUGCAUGACAGCAAGAACUUCUCGCGAAAGCCUUGAUCAUUUUUGUAGCGCGGUCAUCGAGUUAUAUCGUGACGAGUACUUACGUAGGCCGACUAGUCAUGAUAUUGCCCGAUUGUACGAAGCGCAUGAACGGAGACACAAGAUUCUAGGAAUGCUAGGAAGUCUUGAUUGUACGCAUUUUGUUUGGAGAAAUUGUCCUAAAGCGUUGAAGGGACAAUACAAGAGAGGGUCGCUCAACGAUAUCAAUGUCUUGAAUCAAUCGAGUUUGUAUAUGAGGGAGCGAAAUUCGACUGCUUCUGACUCGUCUUUUACCAUAAACGACCGUCGUUACAAACGGGGAUACUAUCUUACCGAUGGAAUCUAUCCUAGGUGGGCGACUCAUUUCAAGGAUAUGCCAUAUCCGACUGAAACAAAUGACAAGAAGUUCAAGAAUCGGCAAGAAAGGAUGUAG